AGAGAGAGAGAGAGAGAGACAGGGAUUGGAGAGAGAGAAAUUCGUCGUCUCGCUUGCGGCUUGCCCACGCCCACGCCCACGCCCAGCAAGCAGCAGGUCCUUGUACAAAGGCAGGCAAGCCCACAAGGCAGCCAGAGCGUUUACACCUUCCCCCUGAGCCCUGACAGGCAAGGCCAGAGAUUGGAGAGAGAGAAGAAGCAGCAGCAGCAGCAGCAGCUGCAGCUGAGUGGAGCAAGAAAGAAGAGGUCAUGGCGGUGUAGGCUGGCAGCUCAGUGGGAAAGGGAGGAGCGGCGAGCAAUGGUGGGGGGCUGCGUCAGCGGCGGCGGCGACGGCGCCGCCGAAGGGACGCUCGCGAGGUGGCGGAGGGCGGCGGCCAAGCGGAUCGGCCUCUCAUGCGCCUCCUUCUUCUCCUACGCCGCCUCUCCCUCCCCGCCUCCUCCUUCCAAGACUAUCUCAUGCUCGGCACUGAAUGCGGCUGCAGACAGCACUGAUGGAGAGCAGCAAAAGAUGGAGGAACCCACCAGCACCAGAGUGGCUGACAAGAAUCUAUGUGCAAUAUGUUUGGAACUCCUCAGCACCAGCAGCAGUGAUAUUGAGAAUGGUGAGACUCCAGCAAUCUUCACAGCGCAAUGCUCCCACUCUUUCCACUUCCUAUGCAUCGCCUCCAACAUCCGUCAUGGCAAUAUCAGCUGCCCUAUCUGCCGUGCACAAUGGUCUGAGCUGCCACGUGACUUGAAGGUUCCACCAUUGCUGCACAACCAGUCGGAUCCAAUUCUUCGCAUCCUGGAUGACAAUAUUGCAUCAUCCCGUGUUAACAGAAGGUCCUCCAUCCGUGCUGCCCGCUACAACGAUGAUGACCCAGUAGAGCCUUUCACUUUGACUGAGCAUGUGGAUCCAUGUCUUCGCUUCGUUCUCAUCCCGGCUCCAGUGGCAGCUCACCAUCAUGUCCUCGGGCAUUACCCCUGUGGACACAUGUUGCCAUUACAACAGCACUGCCAGUACAGCGGCUCCUCCAUGCUUUCACCACCGCAGAUUGCUUCACCAAGUGGACAAAAGCGUGCUUACCUCUCUGUCAGUCUUGCUCCACAGCCAGCCAUUGAUAUGGUCCUGGUUGCCAGCCCUAAUGGACCACAUCUGAGGCUCUUGAAGCAGGCAAUGGCGCUUGUUGUCUUCUCCAUGAGGGCAAUUGACCGGUUAGCCAUUGUCACGAAUGCCACCACUGCAACCCGUGCUUUCCCCUUGCGCCGGAUGACAUCCCAUGGAAAAAGAAUGGCACUGCAGGUCAUUGAACACCUUUGCUGUGUUGGUGGGACUGAUCCAGUAGGGGCUUUACACAAGGGCCUGAAGAUAUUGGAGGACCGGGCGCAUCGUAACCCAAGCAACUGCAUCCUUCACUUGUCUGAUCAUCCAGUGCGCAACUAUGUUGGUGUGGAUAUGAACCAUUCCAACAUCCCAGUCCACCAGUUCCAUGUCGGGCUCGGUUUCGGGGUGCAGACUGGAUUUAUCAUGCAUGAGUUUGAGGAGCUCCUCGCUCGGUUGCUUGGCGGUGUGAUUGGCGACACCCAGCUGAGGAUAGGGGAGCAUGGGGGAAUGGUUAGGCUUGGAGAGCUGAGGGGUGGUGAGGAGCGAAGGAUCCCGCUUGACCUUGUGGCAGAUUGUGGCUUCAUACUUGUUGGUUACAGUUACCUGGAGGGUGGAAGAGAGGACCAGCUGAGGACAGGUGAAAUUGCUGUCGGGUUCGAAGAGAAAGGCGACAGCCGGUACUGUGGAAUGAGAGAGAUGGGGCUGAGCAUUGGCGGUGAGAGGAGGAGCUGCUGUGCUGAGAGGCGGGACUACCAUGACCCAUUCAUGGCACGGCGAUGGGCGAAGCAUUUCAACGUGUACAGGGCCUGACCUUGAUGAUCAGCUGCGAAAUAUGAUUCUUGUUGGUUUCUUUUUUUGCAUUCCUGCAAGCAUCUAGGGGUGGUGUCUGUUUUUGGCUUCUUUUGUUGUGGAUCUGAAUCCCUGUAAGAUUUUUUUUUUGUCAUGAAAUGUGUGGGUUGCCUGACAAAUUCGGCUUAUGUUGUGUGGAACGUGAACAGAUCAUACUGGAGAAAAAAAGAAGCAAAACUAGCAAUAUUUCAUGUUCGCUUCACUGAAA